AUGGAGGACUCCACGAUAGCAGCACCCAAUCCAAGUCCCCGCCGAGUCGGCGAUCGCCUCCUCACAGCCCUCAAACAAAUAUCAAUCAUGAUCCUCCGCCAAUGGCUCCUAAUCGGAAUGGGCAUUGCCUGUGCCCUAGCAUAUCUUUUCCCAGACAUAGCCAAAACAGACGGCGGUGUAAUCCGAAGCGAAUACACCGUUCUCUACGGUGUAAUAGCCAUCAUCUUCCUAAUAUCAGGCCUUAGCAUCCCGCGGCAAAAACUAUUCAAACAAUUCCUGAAUUGGCGACUACACGUCCUCGUCCAGGUGAUUUCUUUCCUGCUCAUCCCCGCGCUAGUGCUUGCCGUCGUGCAUAUCAUUCUCGCGGCUGAUCCAGCGGGACAUAUUGAUCGGGCUGUAUUGGCGGGGUAUAUUCUCACGGCUUGUAUUCCGACGACGAUCGCGUCGAAUGUGGUUAUGACGAGAGCGGCGGGUGGUGAUGAUGCCGCCGCGUUGGUGGAGGUGGUGCUGGCGAAUGUACUGGGCCCGUUCGUGACGGCUGUGUGGACGGUGACUCUCUUGCCUAAAUCGGCCGAGUUUGAUACUUGGAGGUAUGGGGGUGGGAGUUUGGAGAUUAUGUAUAAACAUGUUUUUCAGCAGUUGGGGUUGAGUGUGUUACUGCCUUUGUUUGUGGGACAGUUGAUUCGGUGGACUUGGCCUGAACGGACGGCGUGGUUUAUACAGAAGACGAAGUUGCCGAAACUGGCGAGUGCUUGUAUGUUGCUAUUGAUUUGGACAACAUUCUCCUCCUGCUUUGCAACAGGCGCUCUCCAAAGCCUCUCCGCCCAAAGCAUCAUCUUCGUGGUCCUCUUCAACAUCGCCCUCUACAUCGCCCUCACAGUAAUAUCCUUCUUCAGCUCCCGACCACCCAAGUUUCUCCUCAAUCAUCGUUGGUUCCAACCCAUCUUGAAGAGCAUGCCCCCCGAAGAAACGAUCGCAGUGUGUUUCUGUUCUCCAGCGAAAAGUACUGCUCUGGGCCUGCCGUUGUUAUAUGCCAUGUGGGCACCGGUGGAUUUUUAUACUAAGGCUAAAACUUCAGUACCUGUGCUGCUUUAUACCACGGAGCAAAUUUGUGUGGCGCAAUUUUUUGUGCAGUUGUUUCGUCGGUGGCAUGCGCGGAUUGCUGAGAAGGAGGACGUUGAGGUUGAUGGGGAUGGGGAUGUGAGAAGUCGACCGGACGAGGUUGAAAUUGGCAUGAUGCAAAGACCGGCAGAGAGUCAUGGUGGUGUGGUUUGA